AUGCUGCACGUAUGCGUCAGCGCGACGCUGUAUCGGCCACUGGACGAAAAUUAUGCACCUGAGGAAAAUAUUUUGGUAGAAAAGAUCGAGAAAGAAGUGAAGGAACAGAUUGAUUUAUUGUCAUUUCUUAUAGUCGAAAUAAUUUAUUUCCAGGAUCAGGACAAGUCGACGCAACAGAAACUGGAGCUGCUGUUCGCCAACGAUUCAACUGCCCGACAUAAUAUACUGAACGAACUGUUCCACCAGAACAGCGGUGUGGUGGCGGUCGAAUUGACCGACAGCGACGAGGAGAAGGACGUGAUGGGCGAGGGUCUUCGUAUGAAGCCUAUGGCCAAGAUUCGCAGUUCCAGCAUCCUGCACAGCGUAGAAGAUCUGUCGACGGACUCGACGUGCGUGUACAAGGCCGCGAGAACGUCGCUGAGAUCGCUGAAAUCAUCCGUGGCAGCGGUGGGUCCAGAACAACAACAGCAGCUGCAGCAGCCGUCGUCGCCGCCAAGCAGGAUGCCGUCCUUAACACUAACAGCGUCGACAGAAUCCAGGAUCACAUUUAUGCAGAGACUGACGCGCUAUCUCGAUCUGUCGCUACUGAAGAAUCCUCAGUUCAUCAUGAUGUGCAUCUCCGUCAGUUUGAUGUCCACCGGUAGCCCGUACAUGCUGUACUACCUGCCGGCGUAUGUCCACGCCGCUGGUUACACCAAGUCGGAGGCUGGCUACCUAGUGGCCAUCUCCGCCGCUCUCGACUUGUGCGGUAGACUCGGCCUUGGCUGGUUGUCGGAUCUCAAGCUGUUCGAUCGACGGAAAGGAUAUAUCGGAAGCGUAGUAGGUGCCGGCGUGGCGGUUCUUGCGAUCCCGAUGGCUCACUCCUUUUACGUAUUAGCGUGUUCCGUUGGCAUGUAUGGACUAUGCCUAGGCUGUUGGUUUCUCCUAGUUCCCGUCCUGCUCGCCGAUCAAUACGGCACCGACAAAAUAUCGUCCAGUUAUGGUCUCGUGAGGAUGUUCCAGAGCUUCGGUGCGAUCUCCAUUCCACCACUUGCAGGUUACUUACGCGAUGUAACCGGAAGUUAUACCGUGUGUUUUCUGUGCAUGGGUACAUGUAUGGUCGUAGGAGGUUUACCUCUACUUUUGGUUUUCAAUGAAAACCAGACAAAUUCAACAACAGCAACAAAGCUGCCCGUGAAUGCCGAGAAUAAUAAUCGUCAAGGGGACACUACCGUAAAAGAGUAAAUUAUUUUGAAAAUGUGAUCGUUGAUAAUGUGAAGUGAUCUAAUGUGUAAUAGGAAAAUAAAUAAAUCAUAACAGUUGUCACAAAAAAGAAA